CUUGCAACUGCACAACAACUGUGGCCAGGCCAAAGCAGCUGAAACAGAGCAAUCUUAUAGCACAGCUGAAGCUACUUAGGAAUCUAGCGAGGCACUGUAAAAAGGUAAACCUCUCUGUCUCUCUCUCAAACUCUCACCUCUGCCAGUUUCUUGCACCUCAUGGAGACAGACUUUUUUCUCCACCCACCACAGAAGCUGGCACCAGUUCAGCUCCAGCUUAGAAAACCAAGAAUAAGCCCCAGAAAGAGAGAGCAGCCCAUACUUAAUGGAUAGAUAAGACUUUUGGACAAGCUCUUUGAGACCACAGAUCUGCCCGUUCUGCAAAUGUGAUCUGGCUGGAGAUUUAUUAACUGCAGACUCAGCAGAAAUACGAAGAAAAAAAUCAGCUUUGAGUAAAUAUUAGUUACAAGGCAUUUCUCGAGAUGAGGGGAAGAAGCUCUUCGUUUAUUCUUAUGAUUGGUGCGACCUUGUUCUUUAGCCUUGCCUGUCAGGAUGAAGACACGUUUAUGGAAAGUGUGAAAACAGAGGAGGUUGAAAAGCCCAGGCCACCUCACUUUAUCUUCAUUAUGGUGGACGACCAGGGCUAUGGAGACAUUGGUUACCACGGCUCAGACAUCCACACUCCAGUAUUGGACCGGCUGGCAGCAGAGGGGGUUAAACUGGAAAAUUAUUAUGUCCAACCUAUCUGCUCACCCUCUCGCAGUCAACUCAUGACAGGGCGCUACCAAAUUCACACUGGACUUCAGCAUUCAAUCAUCCGCCCACGUCAACCGCUGUGCCUGCCCCCUGAUAGUCCCACCCUGCCAGAGCGUCUGGCUGAAGCUGGAUACGCCACACACAUGGUGGGUAAGUGGCACCUGGGCUUCUGCAGGACAAGCUGCUUGCCAACAGGACGUGGCUUUCAGAGUUUCCUGGGCACAUUGACUGGCAGUGGAGAUCAUUUCUCCUAUCAGAGCUGUGACGGGGCAGAGGCUUGUGGAUUUGACCUGCAUGAUGGAGACAGGCCUGCCUGGGAGAUGGCUGGAAACUACUCCACUCUCCUCUACAUAGACAGAGUGAAGCAGAUCUUGAAGAGACACGACCCACAUACACCACUCUUCCUCUAUCUCUCCCUUCAGGCAGCCCAUACACCGUUGCAGGUACCAGACCAUUUUCUUCACCUUUAUGAUUCCCAUCGCAAUCGUCUCAGGCGUCAUUAUGCAGCCAUGCUGAGCUGCCUGGACAGCGGGGUUGCACAAGUGGUCCAGGAACUAAAGACUCAAGGGCUCUAUGAAAACUCUGUACUCGUCUACUCUUCUGAUAACGGUGGGCAGCCACUCUCUGGGGGAAGCAACUGGCCACUGAGAGGUGGCAAAGGAACCUACUGGGAAGGGGGCAUUCGGGCUGUGGGCUUUGUCCACAGCCAACUUCUAAAGAAGAAAGGUAUAGUAAGCAGAGCACUGAUUCAUGUCUCUGACUGGUAUCCUACUUUACUGGGGCUUGCUGGAGCCCAGCAGUCCCACCAUGGCCUUGAUGGUCAUGAUGUUUGGGGAAGCAUCAGUGAAGGUCUUCCCUGUCCUCGCACUGAAAUUCUUUUCAACAUUGACCCAGUUUCUAGGAAAGCUGGGGAACCAUAUGACAAGGCAUUGAUACUCAAUGGCUUUGGGAUUUGGGACACAGCCGUGAGGGCAGCAUUGAGGGCUGGUGACUGGAAGUUGUUGACAGGAAAUGUGGGUGAUGGGGACUGGAUACCACCACAAGCACUUCCUGGUGGUCCAGAACGUUGGAAGAAACUUGAGAAGAGACGCAAUAAGCUGGUGAAGUCAGUGUGGCUUUUUAAUGUCAGUGCAGACCCGUACGAGAGAUAUGAUUUGGCAGAAGCUCGUCCAGAGGUAGUAAAACAUCUGAUGACCAGGCUGGCAGAGUACAACCAGACAGCUGUGAUGGCCAGGAAUCCACCAGAUGAUCCGAUGGCUGACCCAGAGCUCCAUGGAGGGGCAUGGAGCCCCUGGCUGGGGCUGGAGGGGGAUAAUGAAAAGGAGGAGAGCAGGAAAGAAAAGAUGAUAAAGAUUAGGCACUGCAAAUUAUCUAAGUUAAAAGCCCUCUUCAAAAAGGUGGGAUCACGCCUGCAGAGGAAGACCUUAUUCUAAAUGUUUCUUCUAGUAGCAUUAACUGUGCCAAAGGUUCAAUAGUGCCUCAAAGAAGCUAGGAAGUGUUAUCAACAUUUUAAUUACUGUUUUCUAAGGACCACAAUCAUAGAUGGAAUAAGUUAUCUAUCAAAUGUUCCUCUCCUCUUUUCAGUUCAGUUCAGUUCCCUUUUAAUUAUAUAGGACAAAUUCACAGUAGUCACCUGAGUAUUCUGAGUAUAACAUAAGGUAAAGACCCUACAAUAGUUUCGGAAAAUAGAAAAAAAUAGAGUACAAACAUUGGUCAUUUGAGGGCUAUUUGAUCUGAAAGUGUCUUCCCCUUAAAGUAUACUUAGUGUGGGAAUGAAAAAUAGAAAAAAUAUAGACAAGCAGAUAUGCACAUGGGCCAGAUAGACUAGACAGACCUACAGUCAAAUACUGAAGGUCGGCAGAUAAACAGGCAGCCUGAAAGACAAAGCAGACAGGACCGUGUGGCUGGCUGAGCAAGCUGACUCACUCGCUGUCCUGCGGCCAAACUGCAGCAGAGAGACUGUGGGUCAUCGUAGGACUGCUUAGGGAGCAAUGUGCGUGUCACUGUGCAUGUAUGCCUGCAUUCAUGAACAGUUCGAUUAUUAGACAUAGAGAUGGAGUGCGUGCAUGUGGAAGUGAGGCCUGUGGUGACCUCUCAAUGUCUCAUCUCUUAAUCAUCUGAGAGGACCCUUUAAGGAUGCCACAAAAACACCCACAGGGCUUGUUUUUGUCAAAUGUCACCUUGUUCUUUUGUUCUUAAGGGUUAUACAGAUUCUCUUCUGCUUAGAGUAUACCCCCAUGCCUUACCCCCACACAGUGUCCUGUCCCUGCAGCAAACAAACCAACAAAGACUCCAUAGCUGUUGCUUUUCUAGACUUUUAAAUGUCACUUAAACACAUCAUUUUUUGAGUCUUUUAAAUACUUUGACUUGAAUUUCAUUGUUUCAAUAAAAUCUUGAAUAAAGAAGAAAAACAAGAAAAAAUGCUGCAGGGAUACUGCAGAUUAAUUGUUUCUUGCAUCUUAAUUGUGCUCACAUCCAAACCUUAAAAAUUAAUCUAUCACUAAGCAUAAAAUUCAAUAUGUGUGUUUAAUUUAUACAUGAACAUUUACUAGACCUGUUAUUUAAAUUUCAAUGUAUAUGUAUCUAUUUUUUUUUCUCAGUUAGUGCCAAACUGAAUCAUACUGUCUUAGAAAUGAAGCCAACCCCAAAUGUGGGCAGAAAAGCUAUUUUUCACGUCCAUGUGAUGCUUGUUAUGGCUGUUCUGUGAAAAACAUAUUUGUCAUUACAAACACUCUGUAUCUUUAUGCUUGUAUUAUGUGG